AUGCACAUUUUCAAGUUCGCACUUCCUUUUUUCACUGCGUUUCAUAGGGUCACAAGUACUAGUCAGACGCACGUGUCUUGCACCUGGAUUCAUACCCGCUGUUACUGCGCAGUUGACGUCUCAAAUGACCCAACAGCUCCACAUUGGGUUUUCCAUCAUAGAUGCAGAGAAUUGGGUGGUUUAGAUUUUCAGCCCUGUGCUACCCUAGUGCCUGAAUUCAACGGGGGGACAAAGACCUAUUGCUGUAAUGAAAAUUUCAUUAGAUCAAAGGAUGCAACCCCUGAAAAGAUAAAGGCACAUUGCAUAACAGGAUAA